GCAAGCAGCUGGUGUGCGAGAGAUUGAGCAGCGCGGAGCUCUCUUGGAGUCCCCGGCCGUUCGCGUUCGAGUCAGCUGUUUGAUCGAUCCAGAUAAAUCGAUUGCGGCGAUUUGUCGGGCGUUUAAUUUACGCGCAGCCUGGAUGCACGUACGCUCACCAUCUGGCCAGUCGUUAAAUGCCCGCGGACCGUCCAGGGAGGACCGUCAGUCUCAACCGUGGAAAGACCGAAGGACCGCCGUCCGUAACGCGGAGAUGGCAGAUGCGGACGUCGACGAGCAAUCGCACCCGCAGUGCAUCAAAUUGCCACCUGCUGUCGAGGUGUUCGCCAAUCUGAAAACCGCGCAAACAUUCGCUAUAGACAUCGGAUUAUCAUUAACUAAAAUCGCCUAUUAUUCAACGAUAAGUUAUCGUAAGGCACUUUACGAGGAUGCGGAUGGCUUGGGAAACAGCGGAGGCCGAGCGUACAAAGUGUUUGAGGGGAAUAGAUUGCACUUUGUUAAAUUUGAAACGAGAUACAUCGAGAACUGCUUAGACUUUGUCAAGAAGAAUUUAGUGGACGUUGAACGAUUUCAUGGCAAAAGUAUUAAAGUAACUGGAGGCGGAGCAUUUAAAUAUACUCCAUUGCUGCAGGAAAAGUUAGGAUUAUUAGUCGACAAAGAGGAUGAGAUAGACUGUCUGAUAAAGGGUUGUAAUUUCUUACUUAAGAAUAUACCAAGCGAAGCUUUCGAGUAUCAGCGACAUGAAAACCCAGAAUACAAAUUUCAAAAAGCCGGACCUAACAUAUUCCCGUAUUUGUUAGUUAAUAUCGGCAGUGGCGUCAGUAUUCUUAAAGUGGAGUCGGAUGAGGUAUUUGAGAGAGUAGGAGGCACUGCGACAGGAGGAGGUACAUUUUGGGGACUGGGAUCCCUACUCACGAAGAGACAGGGCUUUGACGAAUUGCUGCAACUUGCAGAACGAGGAGAUCACCGUAACGUAGAUAUGUUAGUGAAAGAUAUUUAUGGGGGCGAUUACUCCUCCCAAGGUUUAUCUGGCGACCUUAUCGCAUCGUCUUUCGGCAAAGCGGUGGCUUGCGGGCAGCCAAAAUUUUCUGAAGCUGAUCUCGCAAGGAGCCUGCUGUUCACUAUCAGCAACGACAUUGGACACAUAACCAGCUUGUACGCGACUGUAUAUAACAUGGACAAAGUUUACUUCGGCGGUUACUUCCUCCGUAACCACCCGCUGUCGAUGCACACGAUCUCGUACUCUAUCAGAUAUUGGUCUCAUGGUAAGGUAAAGCCUCUCUUUCUUCGCCAUGAAGGUUACCUUGGCGCGAUUGGGGCGUUUUUAUACGGCACUGAGCAGUCAGAUAAGUACAGCUGGUUGGAGAACUAUGCCGGCUCGUCGGGCUUCAAGGAUUCCGUGUCGACCGACCUCGGGAUUAAGGUCGAUCAGUUGCAGAUCGAUCAGGCGGAAUACGCCGUGACGUUUUGCCCGCUGUUGAGAGACCCCACGUCUUACAAUCCUGACACCACGGAUCUCGCUCAGGACGAAGAAGCCAGGGGUUACUGGUUGCAAUGCUUUGAGGAGUCUGUGGACAAAUUCGUAGCGAGGGCCAUUCAUAGCCAACCGCACAGUCCGACCGCGAAAGAUAGAGGCUCGAAACUGAAGGAGAAGUACAUCAACAGGCUACACUAUCUCCAUGCGCAACCGGUCGCAUAUGGAGCACUUACAGUUAGAGUAUUGCUGGAUACUAUAGAGCAUUGCAUGAAAGAGUUCGAUUUUCCGGAUCCGUAUCUGCAUCAAAAGAAAAAAGAGAACGAAAAAGCAUUGAGACAUCUACACGAUCGCAUAACGGUCUUGGACAAACUGGAGGGUCCGGAAAAGAUAAAAGCUUUGAUCCUCGGUGUUCUCAGCGGUAAUAUAUUCGACUGGGGCGCAAAAGACGUUGCAAAGCUGUUGGAAACCACCGACUUUGGGUUUGAAGAAGCUCAAUCAAAAAUUCCAGGUAGACCGUGGCUAGAAGAUAAUUUGGACGAUUGGAUACAAAGAUUACAAAAUGGGCCACCUCAUAAGUGCGCAGCCAUUUUUGUCGACAAUAGCGGCGUGGACAUUAUCCUUGGGAUCCUGCCGUUCGCACGAGAUUUACUGCAACGGGGAACAAAAGUAAUACUGUGCGCUAAUUCGUUGCCAGCGUUGAACGACGUAACGUAUCCCGAAUUGGUCGUAACGUUGCGGGACGCUGCAAAAAUCUGUGACGUUAUCAAACAGGCUCUGGAAGAUAACACGCUUAUUCCAAUGGAGACCGCACAGGCUGGUCCCUGCUUGGAUCUGAGUCGUCUGAAUUUGGAUCUAUGCCUCGCGAUGGUAAAGCACAACGUGGACCUCGUGGUCAUCGAGGGGAUGGGUAGAACUCUGCACACGAAUUUUCACGCCAAGAUGAAGUGCGAGUGUCUGAAGCUGGCGGUCAUAAAGAACCGAUGGUUGGCGCUUCGCUUGGGCGGCGAUAUGUACGCCGUGAUCUGCAAGUAUGAACAGCCGCCACCGAGAAGCAAGACUUACCAGCGGGAAGAUGUCGGCUUAAAAACGGAGGCGGUGAAAAACGAUUGCCCGUCGAAGUGCACGGGACAGGCGACGGAGGUUUGCAAAUGCGAUAAUCCCAGCGAUAGAAACACGAAUGAAGUGUCAGUCUAGUGGGAGCAGUAUGGCUUUUAACAGAUCGGUAACGAAACACGCGCAUAUUGCCUUCCUGGAGAAAAUUAAUGAUAAGUUAUGUGCAAAUACGCUUAAAUAGUACGAUCAAAGUCCAUACUACCAAACAGAUGUGGAGAAACAAGCAUACAAAAUGAAUUCUCAUGUGAUUUGUCUUGGAUAAUCAUAAUAGUAAUGUAAGGGAUCAUUGAAAUUAUUUUGUUCAAUUGCAAUUGCAAUGUCGACGAGAUCGAGAUCUAUGAGAUUACUUAACUUAGUUUUUACCAUUGUAAUUUAGUUAUUGUAUGUUUGUUUCCGUUAUAAUUUGUAUUACUGACUUGUUACCGUAUUGUUAACCCUUCCGUCAAUGGCGCGGAAUUAUUCUAUUAGUAUUAUUAUUUGCACCUUAAAUUUGUAUUUUCUUAACUUCCAUUUCCAAUUCGUUGCAAGACCUACCAUUUGAACUUUAUAAAUCUCAUUAGUUGUACGGACCAACAAGACCACCUUUUUUAUUACUGAGAUAUCUAUUCUAAAUAAAAUUGGCAAAUUUUCAGGAAAAAAUUUAUUUAACGUUCAUAUUUGUAUGAAGGUAUUUGAGAAUUAUUUUAUUUAUGAAAUAAUUUAUGAAAUAGAAAUAAUUUAUUGCAAUAAACAUAAUCCGAAAAAAUUACGAUAUAGAAACAAAGACAUAUGUCAGGUUAUUAAGACAUAGUCACAUUUAUUUCAUCUUUUAAAGGAAUGUUAGAGAUUAAAGGAAUCAAUAUUAAUGCAUAUAAAGAAAUAGUUUAAACUUAAUAAUGUAGAAAUUAAAAUACAAUCAUUAAUGAUUGGUUAAGGACAAUAAAAGCAUUUUUGAUAUAAUUUGCAAUAACGACAAGUAUUAGAGAGAUUAUUUUACAGUUUGUAGGAAAAGAUUCCUGGAAUUUACGUGUAAUGUAUUGCAUAAUACGCUUUCUGUGAUACUAUUGUUUGUGAUAUGCAAAUCACAAAUGAAAUAUAUCACAAGUGAAGGAAUUUGAAAAAAAGACCAUAACUUGCUCGAAGCUGUAAAUAUAAUAUAAGAUGUCGUAGGAUGUUUCCUUUAAUAUCAUGGAGUAAAGCAAAAAUUCUCUCAUUUACUAAAAAUAUACAUAUAAUAUAUACAUAUUGAUUACUUAUCAUAUCUGUAUAUAUGUGAUAAAAUGUAUAUAUAAAUGUAUAUUAUAAAUAUAUAUAAAUGUAUAUUAAAAUAUGGGCAGACGUAACCACAAUACACGAUGAAGAUAUCUAUGCAAUAUUCGAUUUCUCUUUGUAUGCAUUAUAAAUCGUACAAUGCGAAAUCUGUAUGAUUUCAGAUUACAGGAUAGACAUAUAUAAUUAUAGGAUGAUUUAUUACUUUGGACACAAUAAUUUUCCUUUUGAUAUCAUUUGGCAAUUAAAAGAUUCGUGCAAAAAUCUCUCAUUGUGUCUGACUCUUUGCUGUAAAUAUGAAAUUUACGAACUAAUUUUAUUCUAGUCUUUCAGCGACAUUUUACUGUGUUACAGCAAUAAAUGUGAAUAAAUACUAUAAUAUUUUUA